AACCCAAAAAAGUAAAUGCCUACUGACAGCAUGCUUAGCUGCAAUUUGCUUGCUUGCCUGCUUGCUACAACAAAGAACUUAUGAUGCAUUUCAUUGCCUCAUCAACUUGAGAGAGUUCAGUGUAUUUAAGGGGUGGCUUGCAGUCAGUCAUAUUCACAUGUAUCUAUCAUUCUAUCAGCUUCUCCAACAAUGGCUCAGCUUGUAGGUCCUGAUGAAAUAGAGUCAUUCAGGAUUGAGUUAGCAGAGUUGGGAAGAAGCAUAAGAUCAUCAUUCAGAAGUCAUGUUUCAAGUUUCCGCAGUAUUUCAUCUGUGGCUGAAGAUAAUGAUGAACAAACUCAGUUGCAAUGGGCUGCUGUUGAAAGAUUACCCACUCUUAGACGGAUUACUACUGCUCUAUUCGAGGAAACAGAUGGCUCAGAUAGUAAAGGGAAAAGAAUUGUGGAUGUUGCCAAACUAGGGGCUCAAGAGCGCCAAAUGUUCAUCGAGAAACUCAUCAAACACGUUGAUCAUGAUAAUCUGCGAUUAUUGAAGAAACUUAGAAAAAGGAUUGACAGAGUUGGUGUACAGUUGCCCACUGUGGAAGUGAGAUACAGAAAUCUGUGUGUUGAAGCAGAGUGCAAGGUGGUUCAUGGAAGGCCUCUCCCAACUCUUUGGAACACUGCUAGGAGUGUGCUUUCUGAGUUUAUCACUCUACCUUGGUCAAGGCAAGAAGCCAAGAUUAGCAUCCUAAAAGAUGUCAAUGGCAUUAUUAAGCCAAGAAGGAUAACUUUAUUGCUUGGUCCUCCAGGCUGUGGCAAAACCACGUUGUUGUUAGCCCUUUCUGGAAGAUUGAGCCAUUCUCUUAAGGUCGGAGGAGAAAUAUCUUACAAUGGAUACAGAUUGGACGAGUUCGUUCCCCAGAAGACCUCAGCUUAUAUCAGCCAACAUGAUCUGCAUAUUCCAGAAAUGACUGUCAGGGAAGUAAUUGAUUUCUCUGCUCAAUGUCAGGGCAUUGGUAGUCGAGCUGAGAUCAUGACUGAAGUCAGUAGAAGAGAGAAGCAGGCAGGGAUAGUCCCAGAUCCUGAUGUAGAUGCUUACAUGAAGGCAGUAUCAAUUGAAGGACUGAAAAGUAACCUUCAGACAGAUUACAUUUUGAAGAUUCUUGGGCUUGACAUGUGUGCUGACACAAUGGUCGGGGAUGCGAUGAAAAGGGGUAUCUCUGGUGGUCAGAAGAAAAGAUUGACUACAGGCGAGAUGAUCGUGGGACCUACAAAAGCACUAUUCAUGGAUGAAAUAUCAAACGGCUUAGACAGCUCCACCACUUUCCAGAUUGUAUCUUGUCUGCAGCAUUUGGUGCAUAUUACUGAUGCUACAGCCUUGGUUUCACUUCUUCAGCCAGCACCAGAGACCUUUGAUCUAUUUGAUGAUGUCAUUCUGAUGGCAGAAGGGAAGAUUGUAUAUAAUGGCCCACGCAGUAGUAUUUGUAAUUUCUUUGAGGACUGUGGAUUCAGGUGCCCUCCAAGAAAAGCUGUUGCUGACUUCCUUCAAGAGGUUAUCUCCAGAAAAGAUCAAGGACAAUAUUGGUGCCGGACAGACCAAGCGUACGAUUAUGUUUCUGUGGACUUAUUUGUUAAGAAAUUCAAAGAAUCUCAUUUCGGCCAGAAGUUAAAUGAGGAACUUUCAAAGCCAUUUGAUAGAUCUGAAUGCCACAAGAGUGCUUUAUCCUUCAAAAAAUACUCAUUACCAAAACUGGAACUGUUUAAAGCUUGCACCAGGAGGGAAUUUCUUUUAAUGAAGAGAAAUUAUUUUGUAUAUGUGUUCAAAACUGCACAGCUAGUGACAAUUUCAGCAAUAACAAUGACAGUUCUAUUACGUACUAGAUUGGGUGUUGAUGUGCUCCAUGCAAAUGAUUACAUGGGUGCUAUAUUCUAUGCACUCCUCCUUUUACUUGUUGAUGGAUUGCCAGAGUUGCAGAUGACUGUUUCAAGACUUGCAGUUUUCUAUAAACAGAAAGAGCUGUGCUUUUACCCUGCUUGGGCUUAUGUGAUUCCUGCUACUAUUCUGAAACUUCCACUUUCAUUCUUGGAAGCUUUUGUUUGGACAUCUCUCACUUACUAUGUUAUUGGUUUCAGCCCUGAGGCUGGAAGGUUCUUUCGACAGUUGCUUCUUCUUUUCAUGGUACAUCUAACAUCAAUAUCCAUGUUUCGCCUUAUUGCAUCAAUUUUCCAAACCGGGGUUGCUUCAGUAACGAUUGGCAGUCUCUUUAUAGUGAUUAAUGUACUAUUUGGUGGUUACAUAAUCCCAAAACCCUCUAUGCCUCCUUGGUUGGACUGGGGAUUUUGGAUUUGCCCAUUGGCAUAUGGAGAGAUAGGAUUGGGUGUGAAUGAGUUUCUUGCUCCUCGAUGGCAACAGAUUGUGUCCGCCAACUCAACCAUAGGGCAACAAACACUAGAAAGUCAUGGAUUAAACUAUCUUGGUUACUUUUACUGGAUAUCAGUUGGUGCCCUGUUAGGAUUGACAGUGCUUUUCAACAUUGGUUUUACAUUAGCAUUAACCUUCUUGAAACCUCCUGGAAGAACUCGUGCUAUUAUUUCUUAUGAAAAGUACAAUAAACUGCAAGAACAAGUAGAUAAUAAUCACGUUGACAAAGACAGGAGACUCAGUGAUGCCCGUAUUAUGCCUAAUACAGGACCUAAAAACGGCAGGAUGGUUUUACCUUUUGAACCCCUUGCUAUGACAUUUCAGGAUCUGCAGUACUAUGUUGACACGCCUUCGGCAAUGAGAAAGCGAGGUUUUGCACAGAAGAAGCUCCAGCUUCUUACUGACAUUACUGGUGCAUUCAGACCUGGUAAUCUCACGGCAUUGAUGGGUGUUAGUGGAGCUGGGAAGACAACUCUUAUGGAUGUUCUUAGUGGAAGGAAAACGGGUGGCACUAUUAAUGGAGAUAUAAGAAUAGGUGGAUACCCGAAGGUUCAGGAUACAUUUGCUAGGAUAUCAGGUUAUGUUGAGCAAACCGACAUACAUUCCCCGCAAAUAACUGUAGAAGAAUCUGUGAUAUAUUCUGCAUGGUUACGGCUCCCAUCCGAGACUGAUCCAAAAACUAAAUCUGAAUUUGUCAAUGAAGUCCUUGAAACUAUUGAGCUUGAUGAAAUUAAGGAUUCUCUAGUAGGCAUGCCAGGAAUUAGUGGAUUAUCUACUGAGCAGCGUAAAAGAUUAACUAUAGCUGUGGAGCUUGUAUCUAAUCCAUCUAUCAUCUUUAUGGAUGAGCCAACUACAGGUUUAGAUGCAAGAGCAGCUGCAAUUGUAAUGAGAGCAGCGAAGAAUGUAGUUGAAACAGGAAGAACAGUUGUUUGCACCAUCCACCAGCCAAGUAUUGAUAUCUUCGAGGCAUUUGAUGAGUUGAUUCUAUUGAAAAUUGGAGGCCGCAUUAUCUAUUCUGGGCCAUUGGGCCAACGUUCUAGCAGGGUCAUUGAAUAUUUUGAGAAUGUUCCUGGGGUGCCAAAGAUUAAGGACAACUAUAAUCCAGCAACAUGGAUGUUAGAGGUUACUUCUAAAUCUGCAGAGGCUGAACUGGGAGUAGAUUUUGCACAAAUUUAUGAAGAGUCCACCUUAUACAAGGAGAAUAAAGAAUUGAUUAAGCAACUGCAAAAACCGAUGCCUGGUUCAAAGGAAUUGCAAUUUUCGACUCGUUUCCCACAAAAUGGUUGGGAGCAAUUUAAAGCUUGCUUGUGGAAACAUCACUUGUCAUAUUGGAGAAAUCCUUCCUACAAUCUGACGCGCAUUGUUUUUAUGAUUGCUGGAUCUAUCAUAUUUGGUGCGCUGUUCUGGCAGCAGGGAAAGAAAAUAAACAACCAGCAAGACCUGCUCAUUAUAUUUGGCUCAAUGUACGCUGCAGUAAUCUUCUUUGGUAUAAACAAUUGCUCAACAGCCUUACCAUAUGUUGUUACAGAGCGGACUGUUAUGUAUCGGGAAAAGUUUGCAGGAAUGUAUUCUCCAUGGGCAUAUUCAUUUGCACAGGUGCUGGUAGAGUUACCAUACAUGUUCGCUAUAGCAAUUAUUUAUGUGGUGAUCACUUAUCCCAUGGUUGGUUAUUCCAUGUCUGCCUACAAGAUAUUCUGGGCAUUUUAUGCCGUGUUCUGUUCAUUGCUAUCUUUCAACUACAUGGGAAGGCUUAUAGUAUCUUUGACACCAAAUAUUCAAGUGGCUUCAAUUCUAGCAUCCUUCUCAUACGCAGUGCUGGUUUUAUUCUCCGGCUUGGUUGUACCAAGACCACGGAUUCCAAAAUGGUGGAUUUGGCUGUACUACAUGUGUCCUACAUCUUGGGUGCUAAAUGGUCUGCUCACCUCGCAAUUUGGAGAUGUCAACAAAGAGAUAUCAGCAUUCGGCGAAAACAAAACUGUUUCAGCAUUUUUAGAAGAUUACUUCGGCUUUUACCACAACCUUUUGGGCGUUGUUGGUGUUGUACUUAUUAUCUUCCCUUUUAUUUUUGCUUCUUUGUUUGCAUAUUUUAUAGGAAAAAUCAACUUUCAGAGAAGGUAAAUUUCUUGUAAUCAUGUACUCAACAUAUUUGGAUUGUGCAAUCUGGUUUAUUAUAUCA